AUGCUGGCUCGUCGAGGCACUGAAGAUGAGCACUCUCGCCUAAUUGAUAUUGCUCAGCUGACCAUGGAACGACUCUCACAAGACAAGCAACUUACACGAACAUCAGAUCCCAUGCUAUUACACUGGGAUUUGCACAAGCGCAAUAUCUAUGUUUCCGCUGAGGAUCCUACCCAUGUGACUAGCAUCAUCGACUGGCAGUUCACCUCCAUAGAGCCGAUCUUCAUAUAUGCCAACGAUACACCUGAUUUUGCUGAAAUAUCCAACGCUCUAGCAGCCAAGGACGAAGAAGCACUUGCAACUCCCUGUAUCAGCUCCACACAAGAUGAACACUCUCGGAGAGACUCCUUGAUCUGUCGUAAGACCUUCGAAGUCAUCAUAGCAGCAAAGUUACCAAGACUGGCUGCUGCCAGGGCAAUAGACGAUACGAUGCUAAGGCUAUUUCGCUAUUGUCGCUCGUCUCAUACAAGCAGCGAUCUAGUGCUUCGACACGAGCUCCUAGAGCUUUCACGCCUAUGGUCAGAGCUUAAUAUGUCAAAGCUCAAACUCUUCCUCAUGGACAAACUGGAUUCCAGCUCGGAGGAGUGGGUUUCUCCAGAGAGCUGGCAGUCAGCCAGGAAUGCCAACAAAGUCUUCCUCAAGCAAUGGAUGGAGGUUGUCGGGAACUCGGAGGAUCCUGAUAUGAACGAAGUCAGAGGUCGUGGCCUCUGGCCUUGGGAGGAGAAGUGA